GAGACAAUAUACAUCAUCCGUUCACACGAAAGUAUAAUUUUCAGACAAGGAAAACAGCGUCGUCAUGCAGCCGAAGAACUCGCCGGAAUAUUCUUACCUGGAUCAGCUGUUGGGUGGAAACUAUGGUUUUCCGGCGAGAUCGGAUAAUCGGAGUGCAACUGCAGCUUCUGAAAAUCACAAAGAAGCUGAGAGAAAACGUAGAGAGAGAAUCAAUGGCCAUCUUCAUCGCCUCAGAUCCCUUCGUCUCUGCAAUUCUAAAAUAGAUAAAGCUUCAUUGCUAGCAAAGGUGGUUCAACGUGUGAAAGAACUAAAACAACAAACAUCGGAAAUCGUGCAGCACGACCAAACAUUCCCUUCCGAGGCAGACGAAAUCGAGGUUUUCAAACACGAGGAAUAUUAUUCUUUUGGCGGGAAAUCAUCAUCGGUCGUGAAGGCGUCUCUCUGCUGCGACGAUCGAGCGGACCUCGUACCGGAUUUAAUCGAAAUACUAAAGUCGCUGCGUUUGAGCCCCUUGAGGGCAGAAAUGGUAACUUUGGGUGGGAGGAUUAGGAAUGUGAUGAUUUUGGCGGGAGAUGAAAAUCGAACCGAUGAGUCCGUUUUGCUGCUUAGAGAUGCUUUGAAGACGUUGGUCGUUCGAUCAAAUUACGUUUCUGGAGAAAGAUCGAAAAGGCGGAGGUGGUUCGAUGAAAGGAUGAUUAUUGGGUAAUUAAUUGAUUUUUUUUGAAAUUAUGGAGGAAUAAAUAAGUUAGUUAACACUUGUUUUUAAUUUUUGGUUGUAAAUAUUUAAUGUCUUUGUAAUUUGGCUUUGUUUGGUGGAUUUGUGUGAUUUAUAGUGAGUGUAAUUGUUAUUGUUUCACUAGCAAUUUUAAUUAAGUGUGUUGUAUUUUAAUUAUAAUGUAAUGAAAUUAUGGAU